AUGGACUACUUUGAGCCUAAGCGUGAAGCACUAAAGUACGGCGCCUGCCAGCGUAUUGGAAGAUCGUACCAGCAAUGGAUCGAAAAACGCCUCAGUUCAUACCACGAGCCAUGUCCAAUUCCACUAUGCCAAACUCGAUACGAAAACAUCGGAGCAUGGAAACUCAGAACUCAGGAAUGUCAUUUGCAACAGAAUCCCAGCGAAGAAACCCCCCAUAUACAUACUGUCAUAUUAUCAAAGCUGAUACAAGAAGAAGCAAGCAGUAUCGGCAUCAAGUCCAUUACCGACAAAACCUUCUUGAAACCCAUUGCAUCGGAACGGCUCCCCGGAUUGACCCCGACAUCACACUCAAAUCAUGUGGAGGUGAUGAUUGCCGAAAGAGCUCUGAUUAUUGAAAAGAUGUUCCGGAUAAAUGACCCAUAUGUGUCUGAGAUCGUGCAGUUGCUCUAUAAGAAGUACUUUUCCAUCGACGACCUGAGGCAUAUUCUUGUGAUCGACCUUCCAGAUGACACAGAAACUUAUCUUUUUUCGAAGGUCCAGCUUUACGUUCCAUCGAAUUGUAUUGCUUGGAGAGAGAGACCUGGGAUAUAG